AUGAUGUCCUAUGGAGAGAGAGUGGGGGGAACAGCUGUCUCCCCACUUCCAGUCCGUGGGAGACACAUGGUACAUGGGACAGCCUUUGCUUAUGUGCCCAGCCCACAAGUCCUACACAGGAUUCCAGGGACAGCCACCUAUGCAUUCUCCAGUCUGAGCCCAGUGACCCUCACGGAGCACAGCUGUCCCUAUGGAGAGGUCCAGGAAUGUCACGAGCAACUACCUGCCAAGCUGGCCCAGGAAGAGGAGCAAAAGCCAGAGCGCAGGCUGUCCCAGAGGCUGCACCAGGUUGCCACAAAGCUCCUCAAGGUACCGCUGAUGCUGGGCUUCCUGUACCUCUUUGUCUGCUCCCUGGACGUGCUCAGCUCUGCCUUCCAGCUAGCAGGAGGGAAGGUGGCUGGUGACAUCUUCAAGGACAAUGCCAUCCUGUCCAAUCCAGUGGCAGGGCUGGUGGUGGGGAUUCUGGUGACAGUACUGGUUCAGAGUUCCAGCACCUCGACAUCCAUCAUUGUCAGCAUGGUCUCCUCCGGCUUGUUGGAGGUGACCUCUGCCAUUCCAAUCAUCAUGGGCUCCAACAUCGGAACCUCGGUCACCAACACCAUUGUGGCCCUAAUGCAGGCAGGGGACAGGGCUGACUUCCGGCGGGCUUUUGCAGGGGCCACAGUGCACGAUUGCUUUAACUGGUUGUCUGUCCUGGUCCUGCUGCCCUUGGAGGCUGCCACGGGCUACCUGCAUCAUGUCACCGGGCUCGUGGUUGCCUCCUUCAACAUCCGUGGUGGCCGAGAUGCCCCUGACCUUCUCAAGGUCAUCACAGAACCCUUCACACGGCUGAUCAUCCAGCUGGACAAGUCUGUCAUCACCAGCAUUGCCAUGGGGGAUGAGUCCCUGAGGAAUCACAGUCUCAUCCGGAUUUGGUGCCACGAAGACCCACCAGAGGCCCCCACGUCGAUGUCCAGGAUAGAGGCCAACAUCAGCCUUGCAAAUGCCACCAUGGAGAAAUGCAACCAUCUCUUCGUGGACACGGGGCUGCCUGACUUGGCCGUGGGGCUCAUUCUACUGGCUGGCUCCCUGGUGGUUCUGUGCAGUUGUCUGAUUCUCCUUGUUAAGAUGCUCAACUCUCUGCUCAAGGGUCAAGUGGCCAAUGUCAUCCAGAAGGUCAUCAAUACGGACUUUCCAGCCCCCUUCACCUGGGUCACAGGCUACUUUGCCAUGGUCGUGGGUGCCAGCAUGACCUUUGUUGUCCAGAGCAGUUCUGUGUUCACCUCAGCGAUCACCCCACUCAUCGGCCUGGGUGUGAUCAGUAUUGAGCGUGCCUACCCUCUGACACUGGGCUCCAACAUUGGCACUACCACCACAGCCAUCCUGGCGGCACUGGCCAGCCCCAAGGAGAAGCUGUCCAGCUCCUUCCAGAUUGCCCUCUGCCACUUCUUCUUCAACAUCUCGGGCAUCUUGCUCUGGUACCCGCUGCCCUGCACACGCCUGCCUAUCCGCAUGGCCAAGGCGCUGGGCAAACGCACCGCCAAGUACCGCUGGUUUGCCGUCCUCUACCUCCUCGUGUGCUUCCUGCUUUUGCCCUCGCUGGUGUUUGGCAUUUCCAUGGCGGGCUGGCAGGCUAUGGUCGGUGUGGGCACACCCUUUGGGGCCCUGCUGGCCUUUGUGGUGCUUGUCAACGUCCUGCAGAAUCGAAGUCCUGGGCACCUACCCAAGUGGCUGCAGACAUGGGACUUCCUGCCUCGCUGGAUGCAUUCUUUGCAGCCCCUGGACGGUCUUAUCACCCGCGCCACCUUGUGCUAUGCCAGGCCUGAGCCCCGCUCACCCCAGCUUCCCCCUAGAGUCUUCCUGGAGGAGCUUCCCCCUGCCACACCCUCCCCGCGCCUCGCUCUGCCUACUCACAAUGCCACUCGCCUUUAG